UCUCUCAGAUGGCAUGAAGGGUGCUGGAGAUAUAUAAACAUGGCCCGAGAGCCUAAAUUGAGCCAUACCAGGCCUGGUCAGAAGAGGCAGCACACCGGGAGUCUGUAUCCGAACAACUGUGAUCUGGAUUAUGAGCUUUAUAAAGACGAUUUGCCAUACAGGAUCUACGAAUAUCAGAAGAUCCCUCCUCUUAUUGGACACAUUCCUAUCAAGACUAGAAGAAGCCACCUAGGCACUGAAAGUAAAACCAGCCUGAGCCCACACACAGACUUAAGAAACAACAGCAAUUCCACAAUAGGACGUACAAAAUUGCGAGCAGAAGAACUGCACUCCAUCAAAGGGGAAUUAAGCCAGAUCAAAACCCAGGUGGACAACUUGCUGGAAAGCCUCAAUCGGAUGGAUCAGCAGCGGGAACACCCCACAGGCACCAAGGACAGCAAGAGAAAACUCUUCGCCAGCGUGGAUGCUUCCUAUCCAGCAGCGGAACCAAUCCGGAUGAAGGACAGCGCCGAACAAGAGGGUCACAGCCCUCAGCAGGAUGUUGACAGCGCGGAGGAGAGCACGGACACCGAAGAAGCCGCGGCGGUGAGAAAUCACACGCCAGAUUCCGAAGGAAGCAAGUAG